GUCCACCAGGGGGGAAGUUGAAGGCGCGUGGUACGGUUGAUAUGUCGGAUUUGACGGAUUCCUUCCUCACUGCAGCGGUUUUGAUGGCACUCGCUGAGGGCGAGAGUUGUAUUACAAACGUGGCAAAUCAGCGAGUGAAGGAGUGUGAUCGAAUAGCAGCGAUGGCUGAGAACAUUAAUUUGUGA